UUCAGUAGUGCUACUUUGGGUACAUCCACAUUUAUCUGUGUUUCAUAUCAUACAUUAUAGGCUAAACAAAAAUGGGUGUUCCUCUUCCUUCAAGUACAGCACCAGCAUUUCAGAGACUAUGUCUCUUUGGUUACUUGAUCACAUUGUCUUUCAUUUCACAGCAUGCAUUUUCAGCCACAAGGCACUACAAGUUCGAUAUCAAACUGCAAAAUGUGACACGGCUCUGCCACACCAAGAGCAUUGUUACAGUAAAUGGACAAUUUCCAGGACCUAGAAUUGUAGCAAGGGAAGGUGACCAACUUCUGAUAAAAGUGGUGAACCAUGUACAAAACAACAUCUCCAUCCAUUGGCAUGGCAUUAGACAACUUCGAACAGGUUGGGCAGAUGGACCUGCAUAUGUCACCCAAUGCCCCAUUCAAACUGGACAGAACUAUGUCUACAAUUUCACCAUUGUAGGCCAAAGAGGAACACUUUUCUGGCAUGCCCACAUAUCAUGGCUAAGAUCAACUGUCUAUGGUCCUUUAGUUAUUCUUCCUAAGCUUGGAAUUCCUUACCCCUUCACCAAACCUUACAAGGAAAUUCCUAUCAUCUUUGGAGAGUGGUGGAAUGCAGAUCCAGAGGCAGUCAUUGCCCAGGCCAUGCAAACAGGUGGAGGUCCAAAUGUUUCUGAUGCUUAUACGAUGAAUGGACUACCAGGGCCUUUGUAUGAGUGCUCUGUCAAAGAUACACUGAAGGUGAAGGUGAAGCCAGGGAAGACUUACCUUCUGCGACUAAUCAAUGCAGCACUCAAUGACGAGCUCUUCUUCAGCAUUGCAAACCACACUAUCCAAGUAGUUGAAGCCGAUGCUAUUUAUGUAAAACCCUUUGAAACAGAGACCCUUCUUAUAGCCCCUGGACAAACCACAAAUGUUCUUCUCAAAACCAAACCCCACUACCCAAAUGCGACGUUCUUCAUGACUGCUAGACCAUAUGUUACAGGCUUAGGCACAUUCGACAACUCCACGGUUGCUGGUAUUCUUGAAUAUGAACCUCCAUCUCAUUCAACACUACUGUCCAUCAAGAAACUUCCACUCUUCAAGCCACUUCUUCCUGCUCUCAAUGACACUUCUUUUGCAACAAAAUUCACCAACAAACUCCGCAGCUUAGCCAAUGCCCAAUUCCCUGCUAAUGUUCCCAAAAAGGUUGACAAGAGAUUUUUCUUCACGAUAGGCCUUGGAACAAAUUCUUGCCAGAAUAACCAAACCUGCCAGGGGCCUAAUGGAACCAUGUUUGCUGCUUCUGUCAAUAACAUUUCCUUUGCACUCCCAAACACCGCCCUACUCCAAGCCCACUACUUUGGGCGAUCCAAUGAGGUUUACAAGCCAGAUUUUCCGAGCAAUCCCAUUUUCCCAUUUAACUAUACAGGAACUCCACCAAACAAUACAAUGGUGGGAAAUGGGACAAAGCUUGUGGUUCUUCCAUUUAACACUAGUGUAGAGCUCGUUAUGCAGGACACCAGCAUUCUCGGUGCAGAAAGCCAUCCUCUCCAUCUUCAUGGGUUCAAUUUCUUUGUUGUUGGUCAAGGCUUUGGAAAUUAUGAUCCAAAAAAGGACCCUGCAAACUUCAAUCUGGUUGACCCUAUUGAAAGAAACACUGUGGGUGUGCCUUCUGGUGGUUGGGUUGCCAUUCGUUUUCUAGCUGAUAAUCCUGGUGUUUGGUUCAUGCAUUGCCAUUUGGAGAUCCACACAAGCUGGGGCUUGAAGAUGGGUUGGCUAGUCUUGGAUGGAAAACUUCCUAAUCAAAAGUUGCUCCCUCCCCCAGCGGACCUUCCCAAAUGUUGACAUUUGACUCCAUUUGGAUUUUCCUAACCUUAAAUUGUUCCUCAAUCUUUAUUUUGUUGGUUUUGUUUCUUGGCAUUAUUUAUUUUGGUAUAUGGAAUUCAGGGAAUAAAAAGGGUGGGACAAAUUUUUGUUGUUCUCUAAGAUAAAGGAGAGGAAAGGCUUGAUGUGUAUCUGAUUAAUUUCUAUUAACUAUUUCUUCGUCUCUUGUUUGACAAUACAUGCUUGCUAAU